AUGGAUCCUCUAGAGCCGCAGGAAUCCCCUUCCGCAGACAAUACGGGCAAAUCAGAGCCUGUUGUUUUGAGAUCCGCGACACCGUCGGAAAGCAGUCCGUCGAAGCCCCUACCAGACGCCGAAGCCGUGGUUCUCCCUGAAUGGCAGGGAAACCAGGCUGUAGCAUCCUGGUUUUUACAGUUUCAGAAGUGUUUAAAGAGUAUCAUCUAUAGCUAUGUCCAUUACGAAUCGCUUAGUCGGUUCCUUCGAGAGCUCUGGGUUCGAUGGAAGGAGUUCAGUGACACGAAGAGCAUCACUACUACGUUUCUCUCGUCGUCAGUGAUCUAUGAUGACUUCUUGCAGCCUAUUUCCUGGAUGACGACCCCCCGCAACGCAGCUAGAAGGUUUGCGGAGGAGAUGGCCCAGCUCCGUAACACCAUGAGAGAGGUUGCUAGUGAACUGUUCGUGAACCGAACGUUAAUCCAAGAUGCUAUGGCGCGUCUGGAAGAAACGAAUAAUGGUCAUCACGUAGCCCCUUUCUGUGGGUUGCCUACUCCGGAUGAGAGCGACGAUGCCGCAGAGAAGCUGGAGAAGUUUUUGCUCACCGAUCCAGACCAUGAGAGCCUCCCAUCCGAAGAUGAAGAUACAGAUACAGACGAGGUGCCGGUGAUCUACAGCCGGGAGAUGAAAGACCCAAACCUUCUCGAAGAAAAUUGGCUGGACCCCAUCUGGGUAGAAGGAUAUGGUUACCCCGGAACGGUUCCUCGCGAAAUCGAGGAGUAUCUAGAGUUUGACUGUGCUGAUCUUUACUCCAUGAUUGGCUCCAUCAGGAGCAUCUUCUGGCUGUUCAAUCACAGAGAGUUGGUGAAGGUCAUCGAUGAUCCUGCCUGUAUUCUGGAGGACGAGAUCUCGUUCCAUGUCGCACCAGCGUUUCAUAUCCCCGACGCAGUCACAUCAGAACCUUCCCGACUUUGUAUUGCCGAUAUGUACCGCUUCAGCCGCCGCCAAGCCUUUCCAGAGACCGUGCUGUGUCUGAAGAUCAAAUGCCAAAAGAACAAGGACAGGACGCUGGCUCAAGUCAAGAAGAAACUGGAUGAAACCUGCAACAUUGAUGGCGAUAAACUUUGGUUUCGGGGUUUGAGUAUGGUUGCCCUUACAUUAUCGAUGAGUUUCUUCAUUCCAGUCAUCAGCACCGGGAGUCCCGACAAUGAGUUUGGACCAGGCAUUUAUACUACAAACACUUUCAGAUUGGCGGUCGAAUAUGCUCGGCCAAGCGGUGCGGUGAUGGUAUUUAAGGAUCCCGACCUCCGGGAUCUCAACGUCUGGAAGCCAGACCUCUCCGAGUGGCAACAUCUCACCGCGCAUUGGCUCCAGAUCCCAAUUAAUGGUCUCAAAGCCCCAGACAACUACAAAGAUGCGGACAUAAUUAUCGGGCCGCUUUCAGUGAAACAGUCUGAAGCAAAGGCUAAGAAACGUUUUCCAGACCAAGGUGAACAGCUACAACUUGUUUGUACCAGCUACGAGAGUUGCAAACGUCUUGCUGCAUCAUUGGCAGCAAUAAUCUACUUCACUCCGUAG